UUUACGCAUAUACCCGUACAUCUUACUCUUUGCCGAUAGUCAGCUGGUCUUAGGUUCUACGACAUAGGUCUCACCAUAACCUCAUUAAUAGCACGAUAUCGACUCCAUGAACUUUUUCUUUACCUUCGGAAUCCCAUUUUAAUCCUCGAAAUCAAUCUUAUCGUUUCGCCAUUAUCGCUGUAAUAUUUAUUCAUUCCACGAAUCACAUUAGAGGCCUGCCGUGUUUUCUGGACCUCGUGGUCCGCCAAUCGUCAAGCUGGAGUCCUUCAUCCACGUCGCCGCCUGGUCGCAGCACCGGAGCUCAAGCCCCGGCCCGCAGCGUACCUUUGGCCAUCUUAGAUCGCUCUCGAGCAUGUCUCCGUCUGCUAUUUCCCGGUCGAGAUCCCCGGCUAAAUCCCACUCUUCGUCAAACAUAGCUGCCGAGAUGAUGGUGCCGCCAACCAACGUCAAUUCUCUUAGUGUGCCCGAACCUAGGAGGAUGGCAUCGCAAAGCUCUCUCAUGGAGGAUCAAGAUCACAGCACUAUCCCCGACCCUAGAACGCGCGCCGCGUCUAUUGCGAGUAGCAAUCUUCACCCCGAUUUAGAUCAAGAAGUUGCUGCUUUAAGCACGAAGCUCAUCAACGCAAUUAAUCAUCAAACUAGUCUCGACGAUACGCUUUCGGCGACAAGACAAGAUUUAGAGGCUUCCCGAGAACGAAUUAAAGAACUAGAGGCGACAGUAGCACGGCAACAGGAAACGCUGUCCGGCGAUGUCUGGGUUAAACGCAAAAAUGUUGAAAUCGAAAAGAGCAAACUACUCGCGCGCAUUGUCGAAGAGAAGAGAUUACGAGCCGAAGUUGAGAAGGAGAAAAAGAAGAUCGAACAGGAGCUCGAGACAUUAACAGUUUCCUUAUUCGAGGAAGCGAACAGGAUGGUUAUUACAGCCAAAGAGGAUGCUAAGAAAGAACAGGAUGCCCUUCACCGGAAGAAUGAACAAUUAAGGGCGCAGCUAGCUGAUACUGAAAGCAUUUUAAGAUCGCAGCAAGAACAGUUAGCGGAGCUCAAACUUGUCAUGGGGCAGAUGACGAUCGAGCACGAGGAUCAUUGUGGCACUGCGCCUUCAUCUCCUGGAUUUAGCAAGUUCGAAUCGGGAGACGACGAUACUCAAAUAUCCGAAGGUGGCCCGCACUCUGUUACAGAGCAGCUUGUUCCUACAUACCCGACAAAUCUCUCACACCUUAUACACCCAGUGUUGAGGACCGAUCUGCAUGCCUAUGAUGAUUUCAUGUCACUGGUACAGACGUCGAAGAGAGCACCUGAUAGUCGCGCCUCGUCUGGAUCUUAUGGACUUAACCCUCUUCUCGGCCUUACUUCUAGGCACGCCUCGGCUCCAUCAAAUUCGUCAACGGCCUCCUUAUCUACCUUCGAAGCAUCAAGCUCUAACACUUCUCCGCAAACACCGAACACACCUGCUUCAAUCCUUAGUGCAGGAUCUACAGCCUCCUCUGCCCCAUUACCACCACUAAAAGACACAAAAUUUUAUAAAAGAGUUCUGGCUGAAGAUAUUGAGCCGACUUUGCGCCUCGACACGGCACCCGGCCUUUCCUGGCUUGCUCGUCGGUCUGUUCUUAACGCCAUGACUGAGGGGUCUCUUGUUGUAGAACCAGUUCCUACAACUUCCCCAUUCCAAUCUAUCAGCAAACCCCAAUUUUAUCCUUGCGCGCUUUGCGGCGAGGCCCGUAAGGACGAGCCACACCUGCGAAACCAUCGUUUCCGGACGAGCGAGUCGGAUUCUGCCCAGCGGUAUCCUCUUUGCAAAUACUGCCUUGAUCGUGUGAGGUCAACUUGUGACUUCCUCGGCUUCUUGCGUAUGGUGAAAGACGGACACUGGCGUACAGAGGAUGCAGAGUCUGAACGGGCUGCUUGGGAAGAGAGUGUCCGAUUGCGGGACCAAAUGUUCUGGAGCCGCAUAGGAGGCGGUGUCGUCCCAGUUAUCAGUCAUAUACAUUCUAGUAGCGUCGAAGAUACGUCUACUCGAAAUAGCCAGGACGUGAACGGGACUUCAACCGACGAAAACAAGGCAGAGGCCGUACAACAGCCUAUCACACCCAGCGAAUCCGAAUCGACUCCGAAGCUAGCCGAGCUUAAUCAAGAUGAUAAGUCGGAACAUGUCAUUGUCAUUUCCGAAGACCAGGGUUCUGGUAGUGCUGGAGACUUGAUUGAACACCUAGAACAUCUAGAACUCACGGACCUAGACGCGGGGAAAAGCCAACGACUUUCUCUUACAAUACCUGACGCUUCUAGCAAAGAGACGUCGGCAUGAUCCUUGACGCGACAGUUAUAUUAACUUAAUACCCCAUUUCCUUUUGUUACGCUCAAAAGUUCAUUCAUCAGCCAUGGCAUCAUUUUCGCGCGUACAUAUUUUUCUCAGCGCUGGCCCUUGGACCCUUGUGUAUAAUACUUACCUUAGUCAUUAGAGUCAGCUGAGGGUGGCGGCCCACGG